AUGUUGCAACGAUUACUGCAAAUUAGAUUCGACGCCAAAAUAUCCAGUAGGCAUACAAAUAUAUUGUUUAGGUUGCCUUUUCAAAAUCAGUCAUGUCAUUGUGGAGUCAGGUUAUAUUCGGGAAGACAAAUAAUUUGGUUACGAAAUGCUGCGGAAGCACCAGCAUUCAAAGGUGGGAUAUCCUGUGUGAAAGCGAGAUCUUUCGCCAGUGAAGUAGAUACACAGAAGAAAGAUACAUCUAUCAAUGCGUUAAACAAUAAGGGUUCUUUGGAAGCAGAUAAAAAAAUCAAUGUGAAAUUAAAGACUUCAGAUAUAAAGCGAUUAUUUAAUUUAGCUGCGCCUGAGAAAUGGAAUCUUACUGGUGCUAUACUUUUCUUAGUAAUAUCAUCUAGUGUUACUAUGGCAGUGCCAUUUUCACUAGGCAAGGUAUUAGAUAUUAUAUACAGUAGUACAAAUGAUCUUGGCUCUGCUCGUGAGAAGCUGGACUCUCUCUGCUUCAUAUUGUGUGGAGUCUUUCUAAUUGGAGGGUUGUGCAACUUUGGCAGAGUGUACCUAAUGUCUAUAUCUGGUCAACGCAUGACCCAAACUCUCCGCAAGCAAGUGUUUGGGGCAAUCAUGCGUCAAGAGCCAGCUUGGUUUGGUAAGACGUCGACUGGCGAAUUGGUGAACAGACUGUCGGCUGAUACGCAACUGGUGGGCAGAAACCUCAGUCAGAAUGUCAGUGAUGGAUUACGGUCAUUUUUCAUGGUCGGCGCUGGUACUGGCAUGAUGAUCUACAUGUCACCAUCAUUAGCAAUGAUUGGACUAUGCAUAGUGCCUCCCGUAUCAAUUUUAGCCGUGUUCUACGGUCGCUUUGUGAGGGGUAUCACGCGACAAUUGCAAGAUUCCUUGGCAGAAACAAGUGCGCUAGCGGAAGAGAAGAUAUCAAAUAUAAAGACUGUUAAAGCGUUCAGUAAAGAAGCGGCAGAGGAGCGAUCGUAUGGUCAGAAAAUCGAAAACGUUCUUAGGUUGGCGUAUAAAGAAUCUUUAGCGGUCGGAAGUUUCUAUGGCUUGACCGGUUUGUCAGGCAACACCAUAAUCAUCUUAGUACUUUACUAUGGAGGUGGAAUGGUUGCAACAGAACAACUCACUGUAGGAAAUCUGACGUCAUUCCUCUUGUAUGCUGCGUAUGUUGGUAUCAGUAUCGGAGGUCUGAGUAGUUUUUAUACUGAGCUGAAUAAAGGCAUGGGAGCUGCCACGAGGUUAUGGGAGAUUAUUGAUAGAAAGCCUACUAUUCCUGUUACAGGUGGUCUACGGCCGGUACAGAGGCCUAAA